AUGCCAGGGGAUGAGUUGUCAGAGGAUCACCUGUAUGCCCAGAAUGGCCAGGAUGAACAUGAAGCUCAAUCACUUCUGCCUGCUUCAAGUGAGGAGCAUGAUUUAGCUUUCCACCCGGAACGUCUUCCGUCGCCGAUCCCCUCACGUAACGCGACAAAUGGCGAACGCCACUCCUCAAUCUCUCAGCCUGCGGCCGAUGGAAAGCGCCGUACACCCCGUACCAUGAACCGAGUUCGAUUUGACCUGGAGGAAGAGCCGGAAAGCCCCAAUCGCAAUUCCAUUGAGCGUGCUCUCAGCCCAGACGACACACUAUGGCUGGAGGAUGAGGACUAUGAACAUGGAAACCAGGGCCCAAGAACGCACCACAGUGGACAAUCAAUUCCUCUUCUUACAAACAUCGAAGCGCCUAGUGUGACACUCGCAACAUCGGACGAUUUCUUCCCCGAAGAGCAUCUCGAGGAUGCGCGGCCGCGGAGUGGGAUGAAAAUGGCGUUCAUGAACAUGGCCAACAGUAUUAUCGGGGCUGGGAUCAUUGGGCAACCUUACGCGCUUCGUCAGGCAGGCAUGGCAACUGGAAUUCUGCUGUUGACUGCCUUGACCGUCACCGUGGAUUGGACCAUUCGAUUGAUUGUGAUCAACUCCAAAUUGAGUGGGGCGGAUUCGUUCCAGGCGACAAUGCAGCAUUGCUUCGGGAAAAGUGGUCUCAUUGCGAUCUCAGUUGCCCAGUGGGCAUUUGCAUUCGGAGGCAUGGUCGCAUUCUGUAUUAUUGUUGGCGAUAGCAUCCCACACGUUCUAGGCGCUUUGUUUCCGUCUCUUAGGGAUAUGUCCUUUCUGUGGCUCCUCACAGACCGCCGGGCCGUUAUCGUUAUCUUUGUUUUAGUUGUUUCAUACCCAUUGUCUUUGUAUAGAGACAUCGCUAAGCUGGCGAAAGCAUCCGCCUUGGCAUUGGUCAGCAUGAUAGUCAUUGUUGUCACGGUCAUCACCCAGGGAUUUCGGGUCCCACCUGAAUCGCGUGGAGAGAUCAAAAGCCACCUUAUAUUCAAUGCUGGCUUUUUCCAGGCUGUCGGGGUCAUUUCUUUUGCUUUUGUUUGUCACCACAACAGUCUUCUGAUCUACGGCUCAUUGAAAAAGCCGACACUCGACCGCUUCACCCGGGUCACACAUUACUCGACAGGAAUCUCUCUGGUGAUGUGCCUAGCAAUGGGCAUCGCAGGGUUUCUAUCAUUUGGUUCUAAAACCCAGGGCAACGUUUUAAACAACUUUCCAUCAGACAAUAUCGUCGUCAACAUCGCACGAUUUUGCUUCGGCCUGAACAUGCUGACCACACUGCCGCUUGAGGCGUUCGUCUGCCGUUCCGUCAUGACAACCUACUACUUCCCCGACGAACCGCACAACACUGUUCGGCAUGUUAUCUUCACAACGGCGCUGGUGGUGACUUCAAUGGUGUUGUCCUUGAUAACCUGUGAUCUGGGAAGUGUGUUUGAGCUCAUUGGCGCGACCAGUGCUGCUGCUCUAGCCUAUAUAUUCCCUCCUCUCUGUUACAUCAAACUAAGCAGUGCUACGCGGCGAGAGAAGAUCCCGGCGUAUCUGUGCAUUUGCUUUGGGGUGCUUGUCAUGGGUGUCAGCGUAGUGCAGGCGGUCAUCAAGAUCAUUCGAAAUGAUGGCGAGGCUCAUAGUUGCAGUGCACCUUAA